CUAUAUGACUCUAUUUUCAAAAGAAACAGUCUCUUAUUUUCGAAUUCUUGUUCAGUUUUCUCAUUUGGGUAUCCAAUUAUUUGAAAUUCUUGGAGAGUUUUGUAAGUUUCUUCAAAAACCAGUCUUCUCUAUCUCUGAAUCAAAGAAGUUGUUGUGAACUAGUAAAGAAGCAAUGGGUGUUGUUCAUACUCUGCAUUUUGUGUUUGGCAUAUUUGGAAAUGCCACUGCUCUGUUUCUGUUCUUGGCACCAAUAAUCACAUUCAAGAGGAUUAUUCAAAACAGAUCCACUGAACAAUUCUCUGGCUUGCCUUACGUGAUGACUUUACUCAACUGCCUGCUUUCUGCAUGGUAUGGAUUACCAUUUGUGUCACCAAACAAUCUAUUGGUGUCAACAAUCAAUGGGACUGGAGCUGUAAUUGAGAGCAUUUAUGUACUGAUCUUCAUUGCUUUUGCACCAAAGAAAGAGAAGAAGAAAAUCUCAGCACUACUUCUAUUAGUCCUUACUGUUUUUGCUGCAGUAGCCCUUGUUUCCAUGCUUGCUUUACAUGGAAAUAACAGGAAGCUCUUCUGUGGUAUAGCUGCCACUAUAUUCUCUAUCAUUAUGUAUGGAUCUCCUCUAUCCAUCAUAAGACUGGUAAUCAAGACGAAGAGCGUGGAGUUUAUGCCAUUUUUCUUGUCACUGUUCGUGUUCUUAUGUGGUGCUUCCUGGUUUGCCUUUGGCCUUCUUGGCAAGGACCCCUUUGUUGCUAUUCCAAAUGGUUUUGGCUUUGGUUUAGGAACAGUGCAGCUUAUCUUAUAUGCAAUAUACUGUGACAAGAAGGGAUUUACUAAGAAAUCAACCCCUGUUGAGUCCUUGGAGAUGGGAAAUGACAAAAGCUUUGGCAAGUCUCACAAUGAAGAGAAGCAAUCUAGCUUCCAUAACAAGUCAAAGCUUGAGCAAGUUUAGGACAUGUGCUAAAUUCUUGAAUGAUGUUCUGAAAUCUGUAUUUUUUAGGUGCUAAUAUGCUUGUGAUUUGCUCUAGUGAUCCUUGACACAUCUGUUUGUUCUGUUUAGUAUUGGACUAGUUCAUAUGUUUAGAAAUUCCCACUUAAGUUUUUCUUUUAACUUUUUCUCCUCAUUGCUGCUGAAAUAAACCAUGAUCCUUCUUUUA